AUGCAUGCAAAGGACUCUAACAAGAAACCUAUCGAAGGCCGUGACCAGCGAGUCAGCUUCUCUACUUCUAGAGCUGAUGCUGCUCUGGGUGAAGUUCAUGAUCCCCAGUGUAGCAUAGCGAUACACCGACCAAGAUCCAGGCAGUCCUCGUUUAGUAUGGCUUCUUGCAAAUCCGGCAGAUCCGGCAGGCGUUAUAGCAAUUCAUCAGACAUUGAGAACUUCCGCAGCUUAAGGCAAUCUGGGGCUGUUUCUUUAAAAUCUGGUCAAAUGGCCCCACUGAGUCUCAAUUGGAAUGUCGGUGAAACUAGUAGUGUUGUCGGCGAUGAUGUCUGCCUCCCUACUGAGAAUCGCGAUCGAAAAGAGGUGAACUUAGAUAUGCUUGAUCAGUAUCUUCAAGACAAUUCCUCGAUCUGCUCCAGCACGAAUGAGCAUGACCGCCCAUUUUGCGAAGAUGCUAAUCAGUUUUGUUACGGUAAAACUGAUCGCGACGGUCUUGAAUCAGCAUGUGGAAGUGCCGCACCUUUGAAAUUCACAAAAGAAGGGAACAUUCAUGUAGCCACCGUCAGCGAUAGUGAUGAGACUACCGACGGCACCGAAACAAACCGUUUCACUUUUUUUGCAACAAAUAUGGACUCCACUAUCGGAGCUGAGUCUCUCUCCUCGUUGGUCGCAGAAAAUGAUUCUUUUUCGUCUUUGUUCAAUGAACAAAAUGGUGUUUGGUGGCUAGACUGUUUCAACCCUACUGAUAGAGAACUCAAAGUGCUGAGUCGUGCCUUCGGAAUACACCCACUUACUGCCGAGGAUAUUCGUGCUGAAGAGUCUCGAGAGAAAUUCGAACUGUUCAAGCAUUACUACUUUAUCGUUUUCAACACGUUUGGGACCUCUGAGGAUCAUCCAACCUACCUACUUCCUACAACUUUUUACAUUAUUGUUUAUGAUGACGGUAUCCUCACUUUCCAUUUUUCUCCUUUGGACCACUGCUACCACGUGCGUGAGCGAAUGAAGAAGCUGAAGGGGUACAUAGAUAUUUCUCCCGAUUGGAUCUGUUAUGCUUUGAUUGACGCUAUAACAGACUCGUUUGUACCGGUGCUUGAAGGUGUGGAGGACCAAGUGGCUUUGAUUGAAUCGGCAGUGUUCACCAAGAGAAACACCUCUGGUGGCAUGGGCUCCGUUCUAAGUCGUCUUGGUAAAACACGCGAUAUUGUUAUGAGAGUGUUGCGCUUGAUAACCGGAAAAGCAGAUGUCAUUCACAGUUUUGGUAAAAGAGUUCAAGAGCAAUGGGCCAUGAUGCCGGGUAAGACCACUGACACGACUGAUAUUUCUCUAUUCUUGGGAGAUAUCGAAGACCAUCUGGUGUCUAUGCACCAUACUCUCAGCGCUCAGGAAAAAAUUCUUAGCCGUUGCCACAUGAACUAUAUGGGUAUUCUGCAGCUUGAGUUUGUUAACUCAAACAAUAGAAUGACGCUCAUUUUGAGUAAGGUCACCAUUCUUGGAACAAUCUUGAUUCCCUUGAAUCUAGUGCCUGGUUUAUGGGGAAUGAACGUUCAAGUUCCCGGAGAACAAGAUCCUAUAUGGUUCUGGGGGAUUAUCGGUGUCAUGGUUGUUGCUGCAGUUGUUUUGUUCGUUGGAACCAACCAUUACAUCAAGAAGCUUACAAGCGACAGUACCGCUCUAGAAGGCGAUUAUUGA